CGGACGCGUGCGCACGGUUAAGAAAAAAAUAUAAAAACUGCUAUUUUAUAUCAAUUCUAAAAUUAAAUAAAUAAAUAAAUAAAUAAUAAUAAAUUCUAGCAAAACUUUUAUAUCUGUGCGUGUUUAUAAAGUGACAAGAUAAUGUGUUAUGUUUAUCAAGUGAUUGCAAGAACUCAGCAUUGGGACUGCUGAUGAAAACCAAUGUGAACACGCCCCAGCUAUGCAGGUUAUAAGCUUACUCCAUGGUUUUGAUAACAGGUAGUAAUGAAAGGUCGACGUGAUGAUUCGCCUCAGGACAACCUCGAGUGUCUUACUCCUAAUGGUGGUAGCAAGAGCGCAAGUAUUGGACUUUGAAGAUCACAACUCGAACGACUUGUGUUUCACAUGCGCCUGCAGUGCUGACGGAUCUAAUGUAGAUUGUUCACUAAGAGACCUUACUGAUAUACCAGAUGGGUUUAGUGAAAAGGUAAAGAAGCUCAACCUGUCGACUAAUGAAAUCUCUGUAUUUCCCAAGGAACUGAUCAGGUUUCACAACUUAGUGUCAUUAGAUUUGAGUGGCAACAGGCUGACUGAGUUGCCAGAAGAUGCUCUGCAAAACCUGACAGCAUUGGAAAUAUUAAACUUGUCCAGAAACAGUUUUGAUACUUGGCUACAUUUAAAUCCCAACGAUGUACUUCAACCAGCGACGAAUUUAAAAAUAUUGGAUUUAUCCAACAAUAAGUUCCAGACGAUGGGAAAUUUAGCAAAUCAGGAGCUCCUAAUCAGCCCAUCCCUUGAAACCUUAAUACUGGAUGGCUGUAAGAUACAAUCAAUUCAUGGGAGAUCACCACUGAGUGGCCUUAUUAAUAUCAGAGUGUUCAAAGUUAACCACAACCCAUUGAUACGGAUUCAGAAUUUGAUAUCACCGACUUUGAAAAGUCUAUAUGCCAGCAAUUGCGAGCUUAGCACUAUUUACCAUAACGAACUGUCAUUUUUACCAGUACUAAGUUAUCUAAAACUGUCACAUAACUAUCGCUUGGAGCUAUUUUCUUCAUCAAAAACUUUAUAUUCAAACUCACUGAGAUAUCUAGACAUAUCAUAUUGUAACAUCCUGAAGCCCAGUAUCCAAGGCUUCCCAAAUCUUCGCAAAGCAUUAAUUAAUCACAACAUGAUUAGAUAUUUAGAGAGCAACGAAUUUCUUAACAACACGAAGUUAGAAUAUUUAGAUUUAUCAUACAACAACAUUGGUUCCUUAAAGAGUGAUACUUUUAGAGGACUAACCAUGUUAAAACAUCUAGACCUAUCAUGGAAUGAAAUUGCCGAAAUACCUGAGGAUAGCCUUCUACAGAUGCCAUCGCUGACUCAAAUUAAAUUAUCGAGGAAUUAUAUAACAAAACUAGGUCACUUAAAAUCCACUUCAUUGAAUAUUAUUGAUUUGAGUUCGUGUGAAAUUAAUGUGAUUGGGACGGAUUCAUUGGAAGGAUUGCCAUCUCUUAUAGAUAUAGAUUUAUCUCACAAUCUUUUGUCAUACAUUCCCGAAAGUAUAUCCUCUAAUACACUAAAAUUUGUAAAUUUCAAUUACAACAGAAUAAGCACGAUUAACAAUGCUACGUUUUUCAUGUUACCCCGCCUGACUUCCUUAAGUGUUGUCGGAAACAGAUUCACAACUAUUUGGCGCCGGUCAUAUUUUGAAUCUAAUCCGUAUUUAGAAAGACUAGACUUAUCUGACAACAUGUGGCGUUGCGAUUGCACAGAUGUGGACAUGUUGGACUUUUUUGAAUUUGUCACUCUAGAACCAAACAAAAAAGAAGAGUCGUACAACCUUAUUUGCAACAGUCCAAUCAAUGUCAUUGGGCAGACCUGGCUAGAAGCAUGCUAUUUUGUUUGGAAUCCGUCUGAUAGAGCACCUGACCCUAAUAACCUAAUGUGGUUUAUUAUCGCUAUGAUCGUAGGUUUAUCUUUAACUCUUGUGUUAGUUAAUACCAUACGAGCUUCGAUGAAGCGGCGUUUAGCAGCAAUACAAGCCGAGAGAGAGAGGCAAGUAGAAGAAGCUAGAGAAAGAUUGAGACAGCUAAGAUUACAGGCUGAACAACAGGCCUUAGUCAACGCGCCUGAUCCACGAGAUUUGAUAUCACCACCUUCGUACGACGAAGCUCUCUCCAUGCCAAAACUGAAUACCUCAUGCCACUCCCUCAACGAGACUGGUUCUAGUAGAAGUAGAAAGAAAAGGGGGCGACGAAAAACCAAAUCAAGUGGAGAUUUGCUGGAGGAGACAGAAAGGAAUGGUGAUGUGCGUGUAGUAGAUGAUAUAGAGAUGACAGAAACGUCUGAUGAUAAUAGAAGAAGAAGACGACGGAGACGAAAUAGAAGAUUUGGCAGUCAUGAAAUAGCGGAGUUGGAUGAAUCUCCAGGAGCCCGUCGCAGACGCAUGUCGGAGUACGAGCCCGGAGACAGCACCGCAGUGGAGGUGGAAGCAGAACUGGAGAGGCCACUCCGUCCGCGACAACGAAGGUAUUCUAGUGAUGAUGAACCGAGAGAAAGUGAUUUCUAGGACUAUUUUUUAUGAACAUUAUUUUUACAGAGAAAUUGUACCUAUUAUUGUUGUGUAGUGUAGAGAAUGAUUUUGAUUAUUUUAUUGUAAGUAAAUAGGCUUUUUAAUAUA